AUGGGUUCUUGUUGUGCACGUGAAGAUUAAUCAAAUAUCCAAGUCAUUGUAAAAAAGCCUACAUAUUAGGCUGCAUUGAAGGAGCCUACAAGCUAUUUUGAAGACUACACUCCAGACUUGGGAAAUGAUAAUGAUAAGUCAUUUAGUUCGAUUAAGCUUAGUCAUGAAGAGGAUGUUUAACCCUGGAAGAAAAUUGAAGUUAUGCAAAGGGCUAUCAUAAAGCUGCAUGAUCACACCUUACAUAAAAUGGAAGAUUUAAAUGAUGAUGAGUGGGCAUGCAAUGGUAUCGAGCUAUUCGAAAAAGGAUGUUAUGGUGGUAUCACAGACUUCCAUUAGACCCAAGGUGUCGAGGGAUGGAAAUGUCCUAUUGAGGAGUGUGAUUUUGAUAUUUGUAAGACUUGCGUCCAACACACUCUUUGGGAGGAAGCUUAGAACUACUUGCAGGAGCUUGAAAUGAGGGAUCCUCCUAAUAAGGUCAUUGAACUCAAACCAUAGAACAAAAAUCUAGACUUAAAAGUGAUAGUAUUAUCUAAGGAUGUGCCCAAAGAACUCAAAAAUAAAGAGGUAUUGUACCAGUGUCUAGUAUCUGACAAAACUGCAAAGAUAAACUGCAAUUUUUUCGGAGAUAUAGGAGAGAAGAUUAAGGCUGGAGAUAUUAUUUAUCUUAUGAACGCUUUUACAUCUAUUUACAAAGAUCACAUGGUGUUAUAUUAGAGCUCUAAGGGAGGUGUGUACAGACUAAGAGAUUUCUUCUUUGUAUUCAGCAACAGUGGACCUAAUAUGAGUGAACCCACAUAUGUGAGAGAGUUAGAUCAAAAUAAUAGAGAGAGCAAAUUCGUAAUAAUCUACAGUAGCAGCAGGUCUCAGAGUAUGGCUCAGAGCAGAAUAGGCUUCAUCAGUGAUCUGGACUUGAUUCUCUCAAUGAGACUAAAAUCAGUUUUGGAAUGGCAAUGGAUUUCAAUUAAGCAGUUAAAUUCAAUGCCAAUGAUAGAGAAAAUGAAAAUGAUGAUGACCUACCUUAUUAUUCAUUUUCAACUAGCGCUAAAAACAAAGAUUAAGAGCAAGCCAAGUAGAGCAUAUAUAACAGUAAUAUAAUAGACUAUAACACAGCAUAAGAAGGAAACUAAGCACCAAUAUAAGGUUCGAAAUGGAAUAAUUUAGGUAGAGCCAGAUGAACAAGACAUAGACUACAAGAUGUAUAGUGAACAUUACAAAUCAGCAUUGUGGUUAAUGCAUAAGCUCUUUUUAUAGAAGCAGCUUACUUUAAGAUAAGUGCAAAUGAGAAAUCAGCAUGGACUUUUUUACAAGUUAAACAAAUUUCUUCAGACUGAGAAUCCCGAGCUAAUGCUCUACUCAUUAAGAGUUUUAUUGGCAUUCUUGUAAAAAUUUGAUGGCACAGAUAUCCCUAUCAAAGAAAUGAAGGACAUCGGCAUAAUAGAAACUAUCCAUGAGAGUUUAGAUCAGGAUAACGAGUUAUUAGGAGAACUAACCAGAUUAUCACUAGCAGUUUUGACUUAAAUCAGUUAUAAUUUCCCUUAAGAAAUUUCAAAGUUUAACAUUAAAAAAAUCAUUCAACUUUGUGAUAGCACUUGCAGUGAUCUAAAGACCUAAGAGUCUGCUAUUAAAUUAGUAUGUAAUCUAUUAACUAACGAGCUUAGUAGGGAUGAGAUCUUAAAGAAUGAUGGAUUGUUUGGUAUUUUUCAUUGCAUGAUUAACAAUAACAAGUCAGCUUUGAAAUAUGCUCUAGCCUCAAUUCUUAAUUUGACAUUUUUGACUAAUUCGCAAAGUUAGAAUAUCAUACUUCAGAUCGUAUAAAAUGGAGGUAUUGCCCAUUUGAUAGGAGCUUUAUAAAAAUCUUAGGCUUUAGUUGACUACUAAUCAAUGAUAUAUGCAAUAAAAUCUAUCUCAAAUAUUGCAGCUAGCUCUCUUAAUUUCAAUUUGCUUCUCGGCCAAAUAUCACAUGAAGCCUUUAACUUAGCCAAGAAGAUCUAAUAAGCAAAUCAAGGAUCUUUGAUGCAAGAAAUAUAUAAGUUACUGAUGAGAUCAAGAGAUGAAGCCAUUAUUAGAAAAUGUAUGAGAUUGUAUGUUAUAAUGUCUUCUUCUGGUGCAUCUUUAAGUGGAGUGAUUACAUCAAAUGAGUUGUAGUAAUUCAAGGCUGAAAAGAGAUCACUUUUAAGCUUGCGAGGAGAAAAACUAUUAUCAAAAUUAGAAACAGCUUAUCUGAAACCAGCUCAAACUAAAAAGCAGUUAUCAACGAGCGAAGAAUAGUUAGAUUGGCCUCUUGUGAAUUCAAUUAGAAAAGCCACUAAAGGUUGUCUAUCUAUACUUAAGGACAAAAUAAAUUCCUAGUUUGAAAAAAAGAAAAGUUUUGACAUGAGUUUCGGGCUAGGGAAGGAUCCUGACGAUGAUGACUCAGACUAAGAGGAUAUGUCAUCUAAAGAUGUGACCUCUAAAGAUGAAUAGAAUAAAUUCUAGCACUACAAAGAUGCUCUAAAUAAGGAACAGCAGCAAUUCAUGGCUAAGAGAGAUGAAAAGCUUUAGUAGCUUAAAGAAGUCGAGCUUGCCAGGAAGUCAAAGACUCCGAUAAGAAUAACUAAUACCAAAUAAGAGGAAGUAGCUCAAAAUCAUAGUAGCAGUAGAGAUGAUCUCAAAUAGAAUAGAGUAAUAAUAAAAUCAAACAGGCAAGAUUUAAACAAGUCAACUAUAGAUUAGCCUGGCUUAAGGCAGGAUUUAAUAAUAAAACCACCAAUUCAAAAGAAUGGUAUUUAGCCAAAGAAAUCUCCACUGAGACAUUAAACGCCUGGGCCGAUGGUAAGGCCUAAUUCCAAAUUGUAGUAAAUCAGGAAAUAAGAAGAGUAGAAUUAGCUCAAUCAGACAAUGGAGAGAUUUAAUAUGCUUGAGCCUCUCAAUUUCAAGCCAUAAAUUAAAAAUGAAGGCAUAUUACACUAGAAUCAUCCGAUUUUUGAUUAAAAUCGAGCAACAGUAGAAAGUUUCCAUUCUCAAUUGGUAAAUGAAAACUUCAAUGCAGGAGCCCUAAAUGAUAGUGAGAGAAAAAUAUUCAAAGGAGGUCCUCUUUCAGUCCAUUCUUUCAAUGCUGGAUUUAACAACGAUAGUAGGUUAAACUCUAGAUAGUCUUAGCUUCAUAAGAAUCAAUAAAUGAACAAUAGUAAUAAUCAAGUGAGACAAUCAACAAAUGGAGUUUAGAAGUAAAGUUAAGUAGUUGAGCCCACAAUGAUAACAGAGGAAAACAAAUAGCCUACUUUUGAAUCUUACUAUCAAGGUACUGAACAAGUUUAACUUGACAAUAGGAUAGAUCCAUUCUAAAAUAAUAAUUUACUAGUCUAGAGACAAUAGGUUGCUAAUCCCUAAGUAUCGUUUGCAUCGACCUUUUUACCUCAGAAGCCAAGAGAAAUGCUAGAUAUAGAAGAAUAAAUAAGAUAGUUUAAGCAGAACUAGAAUGGGCCAAAUACUAAUGUAUAUUAGCCUGUGAAUAACGCUAGCAGAUAGCCAGCUAAUUAAUUUAACUAGAGCAAUUAUUCUGGCUAAUUUAAUAUGAUGAAUCAAUCUUAAUACAAUCGAAACUUUCCUAUAACUUAAACUGAUCCACUACCACAUAAUAAUGCAUAAAAUCCAGUAAGAAAUCUGAUACCAAAAUCUAAUGAAUAGAUGGUACUUGAUAACUAGGCUAAAAUAUAAAUGCUUGAUCGUAAAGGUAGCACUUAAAAUUAGUUUAAUCCAAGACCAUCAACUCAAUCAUUGAUUGCCUAUCACAAUUAAGGAAAUCCAGUAUAAAUACAAGACCAAUAAGUUCAACUGCCUCCUUUGCCAGAUAUUGAUAUCAAUAAAUUUGCAGGCCAGGAGAUUCCAAUUUUGGAAAGAUUCCUAGAUGUGAAUCUUUUGGAAAAAGACACUCUCGAGAGUAAACAUGCUAGACAUCACUUAGGCUUGGGAAUGCCAGAAGUCAGAGCGAUAUAAAAACGAAAUAAUGCUUCUACUAUGAGAGAGAUUAUAGAAUGGUAUAGGCAGCAUAGCUCUUCCAAUGGCUAGUAUGAAACUCAUUUGGAAUUGCAGAGAUCCAUUUGUAGCAGCUAACUUACUACUAAGAUGAUAUCUUUGAUACUGCUAACUGGGCAUGGUCUUGGAUAUUAGAUGAUCUAGUGA